CUGAAGUCGCAGUAGGGACGCAGCCCGGCUUCCGUAGUUGAAGUACUCCCUCAGUCUUUAACUCCACUUUUCUCAUUUAUCGUUUUGUUUAUCGCCUCUCUUUAUCGGCGCGUGUUUUCACCGUGAGUCACGCACGAAACCGGGAAACGCGGGGAAGCGACGGCGGCGGUAAAUGCUGGCUGUAGCGGGGCCUGGGUCUCGGAGUUUGUUUUUAGCUGUUGUUUGACUGUCAAGGCGGAGAGCUGGCUAGCUAGUUAGCUUGGGUUAGCUUAGCUAGGUUAGCUAACCUAGCGAGCGAGCGGCGUUAGCUUGUUAGCGGGGCUACGACAUCUUUAUUUAUUAGACAGGCCGGUUAAUGAACUCGCUGAGGGGGGUGUUUAUUUACUCGUGAGGCAGGCCGGGCUAAACCGACGGCUAGCCGGUGUAGAGUGCUGGGGUAGAGGGGGGUCGCUGCUGCUGCUGGAUGCUCUGCUCCUCCUCUAUUACUGCUGCUGUUCUUGGAGAGACCAGUUGCAUGUCAUUUUUAGCAGCAGCUAACGCUAGCUAGAUAGCUAACUAGUUAAGCUACAGUUCAGUAACCUAGCUUUAACAGCUAGCUUUAGCUUUAUAGACACGGAAAUAGCUCACUGUAUCAGAAUAGCCGGAGUUAUAAAGCAGCUAAGCUAGGUCAGCUAACGCUAACCGACUAGCUAUUAGUUAACUGUUAGUUAUCUGUUAUUUAUUUGCUAAAGGCGAAGGUCGCCGUGUGUUCCUGAUUGUCUAUAGCCCACGAUUAAGUAUUUAGGUCGCUUAACCCUUUCACCAACAACAAAACACACAGAUUCAGAGACUCGCCUCUGAAGAUUAGAGUCCGCAGCAGGAUGUCAAAGGGAUUUGUGAGCUAAGGGAUUGUCCAUAAACGCCAAACAUUCAGCGUUAGGUUAAGUAGUCAGCAGAGAGUGGGGAAAACACCAAAACAAAGCGAACAGCUGUUAACGUUAUGAAAUGCUCGCCCUGGCUCACGACUUCUAGCUGUUCAGAAGUGUUUGGACACAGCUAGAUGGUCGGAGGGCGGAAGGGAAAAGCAGUGCGACCCGCUUUAUUCUCUAAAAUCUGGUGAACUUGAGCAGCAAAAUGCCCGGAGAUGGUAGUGCCAGCAGUAGUGGUAGUAGCAGCGAGGACUCGGACAGAGAGACUCGGAGGAAAGUCUGCACCGUCAAACACGAGAUCACCAAUGCAAACCUCACAGGAUACACUGAGAAAGUUGGCAUGGAGAACUUUGAGCUUCUCAAAGUACUCGGCACUGGAGCCUAUGGAAAAGUCUUCCUGGUCAGAAAGAUCAGCGGCCAUGAUGAAGGGAAGCUUUAUGCCAUGAAGGUUCUAAAAAAGGCUGCCAUAGUUCAGAAGGCAAAGACGGCUGAACACACUCGGACCGAGAGGCAGGUUCUGGAACACAUUCGCCAGUCACCGUUCCUGGUCACCCUGCACUACGCCUUUCAGACCCAAACCAAACUGCACCUCAUACUGGAUUAUGUGAGCGGAGGGGAGAUGUUCACCCACCUGUACCAACGAGAUCACUUCUCAGAAGAUGAGGUGAGAAUCUACGUGGGUGAGAUUAUCCUGGCCCUGGAGCAUCUGCACAAGCUUGGCAUCGUGUACCGGGACAUUAAACUGGAAAACAUCCUUCUGGACAGCGAGGGCCAUGUGGUGCUCACCGACUUUGGCCUGAGUAAGGAGUUUUUGGAGGAGGAGAAAGAAAGGACCUACUCAUUCUGUGGUACCAUCGAGUACAUGGCUCCAGAGAUCAUUAGAGGAAAGGCUGGUCACGGCAAGUCAGUAGACUGGUGGAGUUUGGGGAUUCUCAUGUUUGAGCUGUUAACGGGAGCGUCUCCUUUCACUUUGGAGGGCGAGAGGAACUCCCAGAGUGAGGUGUCGAAACGUAUUCUGCGAUGUGAGCCUCCAUUCCCCUCUCUGAUUGGUCCACUGGCUCAGGACCUCAUCAAGAAGCUACUUGUGAAAGACCCUCAUAAGAGACUGGGCUCUGGACCCCGGGGGGCUGAGGACAUUAAGAGUCACCCCUUUUUCAAGGGUUUAAAUUGGGCUGAUCUGGCGGAAAAGAAGGUAGCGAGUCCGUUCAAGCCAGAACUCCGAAAUGAACUGGACGUGGGGAACUUUGCUGAGGAAUUCACAGGCAUGGAGCCUGUCUACUCGCCUGCCAGCACACCUCCUAGCACUGACCGUCUCUUCCAGGGCUACUCUUUUGUGGCUCCCUCCAUCUUAUUUAAUAAGAAUGCAGUGAUGGGAGAUGUCCUGGAUGCUCCUGUGAAUGUGGAUCGACCUGGUUCAGCUACUGUUCGUCGCAGCGCCAUGUUAAAGGAGUCCCAGUUCUUCCAGCAUUAUGAGCUGUGUCUGCAGGGUCGGCCGCUGGGCGAGGGCAGUUUCUCCAUCUGCAGGAGGUGUCGGCACAAACAGAGCGGCCAAGAGUACGCUGUCAAAAUCAUCAGCCGCAGGAUGGAGGCCAUGACCCAGCGAGAAAUUGCAGCUCUUAGACAAUGUGGAUCUCAUCCAAACAUUGUUACUCUUCAUGAGGUCUACACUGAUCAGUAUCACACAUAUCUAGUGAUGGAACUGUUGCGUGGUGGUGAGCUGUUGGAGAGACUGAAGAAGAAGAAGCUGUUUGCUGAAGGAGAGGCCAGCCAGCUGAUGAAGAGUCUGGUGUCAGCUGUCAGCUUUAUGCAUGAGGCUGGAGUUGUGCACCGAGACCUCAAACCUGAGAAUGUGCUGUUCGCGGGCGAGGCAGAAGACUCUGCUCUGAAGGUGAUCGAUUUUGGCUUUGCACGUUUGUUUCCUGCAGGCAGUGGCAGUGCUCCACUGCAGACCCCGUGCUUCACUCUGCAGUACGCUGCUCCUGAGCUCUUCCACAGCUCUGGAUACGACCAGGCCUGCGACCUUUGGAGCCUGGGGGUCAUACUGUACACCAUGCUCUCCGGACAAGUCCCAUUCCAGAGUGAGAAAAAAGGAAUGACCUCAACCCACGCUGCUGACAUCAUGCACAAGAUCAAAGAAGGAGACUUCUCAUUGGACGGUGAUGCUUGGAAGGGCGUAUCUGAGGAGGCCAAAGAUCUAGUGAGGGGUCUGCUAACUGUUGAUCCAGAGCGGAGGUUGAAACUCUCUGCUCUAAAGGAAAACGCAUGGCUCCAGUGUGGGGGAGUAUCCUCCACCCCUCUCUGUACCCCUGAUGUCCUGGAGUCUAGUGGCCCCACAGUUCGCACCUAUGUCAAUGCCACCUUUAAGGCAUUCAACAGGGGCAAGCGAGAGGGCUUCUUCCUCAAAAGUGUGGACAACGCGCCGCUGGCCAAACGGCGUAAACUGAAGAUGACCAGCACUGGCGUAGAGACACGUCGCAGCUCCUCAUCCUCGUCCUCCUCCUCUUCUUCUUCCUCCUCUGCUUCCCACACCAAGACACAGGGUCGCCAGACUUUCACCCCUAACAAUGACCCAAAACUGUGACCCUUCAGCUUGAAAACUCUCCCUGGACCCUCCCCUGCUAUUGUCUUUGAUGACCUUUUACAUUUGGAAGUUGAGGUCAGUGCAGAAAAGCAUUAAGAUUUAAAAAAGAAAGAGGCUGAAAGGAAAACGGCAGUAGAUACUGCUGUGAAGUGUUGAAUCCUGCAGGGAUAUAAGCUCAAGAUGGCUGAAGACUGGCAGACUGAUCAAUGAACAAGUCAAUUGACUGAACACAAGAGGGCUUGAACGUUCAUUAUUAUAUAGCUAAGGAUCUGUGUGCAGCGCGGGCCAUCAGUGGCAAAAUCAAGUGACAGCUCUUGGGUUAUUGAAGCCAAGUAAAGGUUAGGUCGGUCUGACACACGCUUUAUUUCCAUAUGUCAUCCGCAGAGCUUGGAGAGUGACCCACGCUUCGUUCUUCUGCGGAUGGUUUCUUUGCACGUGGGCACCAUCUGUGAAGUAUCUUCUUCAGGAUGAUGUUUUUUGAUAAACAUGAGCUUAUUUGAAUGAAUGUUCGCAAUUUUGAAAAGCUGCCUUGUGUAUUAGAGUGCAUUUAAGGUUGUUUUUUUUUAAAGCUGAAAUUUGAUGUUUUUGAACUGGGAAAGGGAAAGAUGAUGAUGAUGAGGAAGAAGAUUCAGGAGUCAGGAGGCAAGGAAGCCUUGAAAUGACAGAAAAGCCAUACAAAAUAGAAGGGAACCAUUUUACAAGAAUAUCCAUAUUUAAAUUCAUAUGUAAUUGUAUAGACCAACAUCUGCUGAGCACAGCUUCAUAUUAAUCAUAUACUGUACAAAAACAAUGAACAGUUCUUAUUGGAUGCCAUGCCACGCAUUUUACGGACGAGCUGUUUUGAAUGACGACUUCUUUUAAAAAAGCAGAAUCACAUGUCUUUUUAGGACCUGCUGGGUAAUCAGAACAACGUGUUUGAUUGGUAAUCAGCUUAAUUUUCUGGUCCUGAAUUAUGCUCAGUUGCUCAAUUGGUGCUACUGUACCAGAAGCUCUUCAAUCUGUGGCUAUACAAGGACAGGUGCACUAGGUUGGAGUAAUACGAGUAAUUUGACAUUGUCGUUUUUGUCGUUAUUACUAAAAGCUUUUGUGUGCUUGAGCUGUGUCCCUGUGCUGUUUGUUUUAGCAUUUGUCCAAAGCCUUUUUUUUUUCUAACAUUACACAAACCAGAUCGUAGCAUAUUUAUGAAAUUUUAUGAGAGCCGUGUGAGGCCCUUUUUUUGAAAUCUAAAGGAGCUACAUUGAUGGAAUAGUUUGUGACUCUACCGUAAUAAUCUACAGCGAUUAUUAUUUUUUAAAAACUAAAUCUAAAUCUAAAUGUAAAAUUUCAUAUUUAUUGAGCCUUUAUGGCCUUUCCUUUUAGUUCUGUGGAUCGUUUUGUGAAUAGUGCAUCAAGUUGCAUGGAGACUCUGCACAAACUGCCCAUGCAGAGUAAAAUCGGAGCUGCAUGUCGGCUCGGUUGUGCCCUUUAACAAAUCGUACUUGAACAGAUCUUUUAAAUUUCCUUGAUGCAGCUGUUUCAGGUUGAUCUGUGUGAAUACAGUCUGCUGUAAGGGGGGAUGUACAGAUUUGAUGUACUGUACAGGGCAGUAGCCAGUGCUUCGAAUCUCCAAAAGGGCUCCAACACGCUCAACACGCACACUCACACUCCUAAUCUGAGGUGUGUGUGAUCCAGCACUGUGAGAAGCAGAGUGAGAGUGAAAACAGCCAGGCCUGUCAUAUUUUCUAAGGGUCCAAUGGCUGAUAUAUUGUUGUUUGAUAAAUGACAUUGCAAUGGAGUUACAGUCGAUACGUCAAAUGAAUAAAGUGCAGUACUUAACACCGCUGCCCCACACAUCAUUGAUUACUGUUAUUAGUAGUUCUAUAUGAGACUGUGCACUAAAGAAUGUAAAAUAUUUACAUAAUAUAAUGUAAAAAUACCCAUGUGAAGGGUAUGUACAUUUAGAAUGUUACCAACUUUACUUGAGUUACUGUCACUGCCAUUUAUAUAUAUGCAGGGUUGCCAGGUCCAAAGUUGCAAAACUCCUCAGCUUAAAAUCCCAAUAUACACUGCCAUGCCAGAUAAACAGGAACUGAUAUUGUGUCCCAUGACUUUAGCAAUGUCACAUGAUAGCUGAAGAAUACUCCACUGACCUGUGGCAUGUGUGUGCAAAGCUUUUUGGAUUGUGAGUGUGUUUGUUCACAUGCACAAUUCUAUCCAAAAGCUGCCGUACACAUUUACCACCCUUUGCUUUUCUGUCCACUGUGGGUGGUAAUACCUUCUAUGAUGAAAAAAUUUAAGUUUGGCACCCAAUAUCAGGCCUCACUUAAACUCAGAUAAAGCGCACCAUCUUGCCAUGAGCACGCAGGCCAGAACACCUCCCAACUUAUACAGGUAUAAGCGUUCCUGAGCCAUCCCCUGAGUAACACUUCAUUACUAAUUUACAUACUGCUGUUCAAUUAAGUAUUGUUAUUGUAUUAGAAGUACAGCUAAACUUUGCUACGUAGAUGCUUCAGAAUUUCAUUGCCGUCGAAUGUGAAUAUGGCAUAAGUUAUGUAUUGUUGCUGAAUAACAUAUGGACCAAUAGAAAUGCUCGAAAAUGACUUGAAAUACUUGAUUAAUGUUGACUUCCAAUGAAAGUUAAAAAAGAUUUUUCUCUUCUCUGGUGAAGUUGCUAUUUUAGAGAUACAAUAUUUUUGUGUAACCGUGUAGUAGGUUUAGAUUUAGCUUCUAAAUCUUGUUUUGAUGAAUAGGUGCCAGUGAUAACUAACUGAGAGCUCUUGUUGUGAUGUCUUGCACAUUCACCCACUUUCACCCACAUUUAGAAUCAUCUGGAUAUCACACCAUUUUUCUACCUCUCUCACUGUCUCAUUUUCCAGCUUUUAGAAUUAGGAUCAAUAUACAGUCAUAAUACAAAAACAAAUCUACAGUCUGUUUGCAGUAUAAGUGGUCUUUAUUAGUGAGAUUAGAGAUUAGUGAUGGGACUAAAAUAACGUUCAAUUUCAAUCAUAUUUCAAUAUGAUUAAUAGAAAUGGUGAUACAGGAUACAAUGUAAGAUUUACCACACCAGAACACAGCAUGAUGUAUAUUUAAAUAAUCAAUCUUACUGUGGAUAUAUUUAUAUUCGUAGUGCUCAGGUUACUUUGUAAAAUGAUCCCAAAUAAACACACCACACAACUUCUGGUGUGGCCAUUUAUGUACCCACCACUGCAUUUUAAAACUAACCACACUUGGCAGAGAAAUUACAAACCUGGCAACUCUGUAUUAUAUAAAAUAGUGUGAACUUUUUUAAUAAGGAAAAAGCAAACAGUUGCGGUUAUCAACCAUAGCAAGGCAUUAUUUAUUGGUUAUCACUAUCGACCUGACUGUGCGAGGGUGGAACUUUACUUUCUGGUACAUUUCAGAACCUGCCAGGUUUUUUUCUUUACCUUGGCUGAAUGUACUGGAAUGUCCUGAUCCCUCAGCUUCCACAGGAUCACCAUGUGCAGGCGCGGCAUUUCAGAAACGGCAAAACAAACAGCCAUGAAGGUGUAAUAAUCUGCUCUGAAGCACUGUGCACCAAUCUACAGCACCCUCAGCCUGAAGAGUGGCGAGGUAGUAAUACGGAACCGGUUGCUGUGCUGUGAUCAAAUAUGCCACUCUUUUGACUUUUCAUGCCAAAAAAAAAUCCUCUGGCAGAGACACUUGGGUGUUAUUAUCUUAAGUGGUAGUAGCUUUGUGCAGUGCACUCGGUUUAGAAGCGAGCGCCGCUCUGGAUGAAGUGCUAGCGGGCAGUAACGGGGCCAAGGGACGCAGCCACAUGAUUCAUUUAGGCUUUUGCGUCGCACACUGAGAAUGUGAAUGAGAAAUGGCUGGAAAUCGGACAAAGGCAAGCUGGAGAAACAUCACAAUAACGGUUCCUCUGUGCAGCUCGCUAGUUGGAAUCAUGUUUAAUUUCUCUCGGGGGUUUUGGAUGAUGUGCUUUUCUUUGAACUUCUGAUUAAACAUGUUGUAAAAAUGUGAUGAAACAUUGUUGGAUUACCAAAAGAUUUGGGGGCUGGCAUAUUAAAAGGUGAUUUGUGUCUUUUUGUUUUUUGUUUGUAUUUUUUUUUUGCGUGAUGAACACACUGAUAAUACACUUUAAUAUCUCUUUUUUUACUUGAUUAAAUUGCUUUUUUUGUUUCCGCACAAGUUCAGGCUGUAAUUGAUGUGUUUUCAGCUUUAAGAAGCAUCAUAUCUUUGAUAUUUAUUACUUUUCAUUCUCCUUUGCAUUAAUGUUUUAUUUUGAGAAAUUGCUGUUUGCUGUUGAAUUGGGUUCCUGCCUGCUUUAUUUGACUUGUAUUUGUGUGUCUAUUGUUUUUGUUCAUUUUUUUAUUUUAUUUUUUUGCAGUGGGGGCGCAUCAUAUUCUUUCGCUCCUACAAGAGUCUUGCACACUGCACCAAAACAAUGUAGUAUUUGUGGAAAUGUCCAUGGCUUUGAUUACAAAGCGUUUUAUUUGUUGUAAUGGAUGGAUUUGAAUUUUUGUUUUAAUUGUAUGUCUCCAGUUGGAAACUUUUGUCUUUUACUGUCAUUAGUUUAUUUGAGUUUGUAAUUUGUUUAUGUAUUUUAGUUCUGAAUUGCAUGUUUUACUAUUAUUAUAAUUUUUUUUUUCAUUUUUUUUGUAUGAAAAUUUUAUGUCCUAAAUAUUUUUUUGUAAGAAAAUGAUCAUGAAAUGAAAUGCACUGUUCAAAGGCAACAAAAGAUGCAUUGUUUUGCAUCGAGAACACUGUUAAAUACUUAGGAUAAAAAAAUAUAUAUAAUACACUUUCCUCUUUACUCAAAAAUCUGCAGCCCAUUAUUUACCCACACGAGAACAUACAGCAACAUUCUGCACCACAAACAGAAACACCUGAGAAACGUUUUACAGAGUACUAUAUUAAAUGUUAAACACAAAUGUACAUUUAAAUAAAUGUUUUAAAUAUUUUA